AUGGCCGACGUAGCAAUGGAAACGAUGCAGCCUGCACCCGCGCCUGCAGCUGUCAAAGAAAGUGCGCCUCCGGCCGCGGCGGAACCUCGUCGCGUUCGCUUCAAUGUCGGCAGCAAGUACCAAGUGCGGGAGAUCAUCGGCGAAGGCGCAUAUGGUGUCGUCUGUAGUGCGUACCACAAGCCCACAGGCACUCGCGUGGCGAUCAAGAAAAUCCAGCCCUUCGAUCACACGACGCCCUCGCUGAUCGAGGAUGGCAGGCGUACGCUUCGCGAGCUCAAGCUACUCAAAUACUUCCAAGAACAAAACGUCUCGGAGAACAUUAUCUCCAUCAUCGACAUCAUCAAACCCUCGACGAUUGACAGCUUCAAAGAGGUGUACAUCAUUCAAGAGCUCAUGGAGACAGAUCUUCAUCGUGUGAUCCGUACCCAAGAUCUCUCAAUGUCGCAUAUCGAGUAUCUGACCUACCAAUGCCUUCGCGCACUCAAAGCUUGCCAUUCAGCCGAUAUCAUCCAUCGCGACCUCAAGCCGUCUAAUCUGUUGCUGAACAGCAAUUGCGACCUCAAAGUAUGCGAUUUUGGGCUUGCGCGCUCAAUUCAGACCGCUCAGCCAGCUGCCAACUCGUCCACCGGUUUCAUGACUGAAUACGUCGCCACGAGAUGGUAUCGCGCCCCGGAGAUCAUGCUCACAUUCAAGCAAUACACCAAAGCUAUCGACAUCUGGUCAGUCGGCUGCAUCGUCGCAGAGAUGCUUUCGGGGCGCCCGCUGUUCCCUGGUCGGGACUAUCAUCAUCAGCUGACCUUGAUCUUGGAUGUGCUUGGCACGCCGCCUCUUGACGAAUUCUACGCGAUCAAUUCGAGACGCUCUCGCGAUUACCUUCGCGCACUGCCGUUCCGCAAGAAGCGUUCAUUCGAGUCGCUGUUCCCCAACGCGCCGCCUGAAGCCAUCGAUUUCCUUUCGCGCUCGUUAACUUUUAGCCCGACGAAGCGCAUGACCGUCGAAGAAGCUCUUGCACACCCUUUCAUGUCGGCCUACCACGACCCAGAAGAUGAGCCUUCCGCGCCGCCGCUUCCGCCGCAUUUCUUCCACUUUGACCACGUGAAGGACGAGAUCACAAAGGACGCGCUCAAGCAGCUCCUGUACGAUGAGAGACGGCGAAAGACUGAUCGUCUUCAUCAGCUGCAGCGCGAGCGACACACCUCGCCAACGAAGCACAGAGUUCGCGCUACGCCUGACGACACCUCCACUCCGAGCGAUUGCCAGGGACGUCCAGCUGCGGUCAUCAUGGCUUCAGCAAGCACUUCCCGAGCGGCUGCAAACCCCGAGGGACAAUGGAAGGAGAAGCUCAACUUGCCAGCAAAAGACAAUCGACCGCAGACAGAGGAUGUGCUACGCACAAAGGGCAACGAAUUUGAAGACUACUUCCUCAAGCGAGAACUACUCAUGGGCAUCUUCGAGGCUGGAUUUGAGAAGCCUUCGCCGAUUCAAGAAGAGGCAAUCCCUAUCGCACUCGCCGGACGCGACAUCCUGGCGAGGGCAAAGAAUGGAACAGGCAAGACGGGAUCGUUUGUGAUCCCGGCGCUGGAGAAAGUGAACCCGAAAGUGAACAAGAUACAAGCGUUGAUAUUGGUGCCCACGCGAGAACUGGCGCUACAGACGUCUCAAGUCUGCAAGACGCUCGGCAAGCAUCUGGGCGUUCAAAUUAUGGUCACCACCGGCGGUACCUCACUCAAAGAUGAUAUCUUGCGACUACAAGAGACUGUGCACAUCGUCGUCGGCACACCAGGCAGAGUGCUCGACCUCGCCAGCAAAGGGAUUGCCGAUGUUUCUGCUUGCCCUACCUUUGUCAUGGACGAAGCCGACAAACUACUCUCGCCCGAAUUUACACUAGUCAUCGAACAGAUCCUCAGUCUAUUGCCAAAGGAUCGUCAAGUCAUGCUCUUCUCUGCUACUUUCCCACUGCUGGUCAAGGACUUCAAGGACAAGCACAUGACCAAACCUUACGAGAUCAAUCUCAUGGACGAACUCACGCUGCGCGGUGUGACGCAAUACUAUGCCUUUCUCGAAGAGCGCCAGAAGGUGCAUUGUCUGAACACGCUAUUCUCAAAGCUUCAGAUCAAUCAGUCCAUCAUCUUCACCAACUCGACGAGCCGAGUCGAGCUGCUGGCGAAGAAGAUUACCGAGCUCGGUUACUCUUGCUUCUAUUCGCAUGCAAAAAUGCUGCAGGCAGAUCGCAAUCGCGUCUUUCACGACUUUCGCAGUGGCAAAUGCCGUAACCUUGUAUGCUCGGAUCUACUCACUCGUGGUAUCGACGUGCCUUCAGUCAACGUCGUCAUCAACUUUGAUUUCCCGAAACAAAGCGAAUCCUACCUCCAUAGGAUAGGUAGAUCUGGUCGAUUUGGUCAUCUUGGUCUGGCAAUCAACCUCAUUACCUACGAGGACCGAUUCAAUCUCUACCGUAUCGAGCAAGAGCUCGGCACCGAGAUUCUUCCUAUCCCACCUACAAUCGACAGGUCGCUAUACGUCGCGCCAGGCUCUGGUGACCAUCCUGCCGAACGUAAGCCACAGCAACCGCGCAAUGCCAGCCAGCAACAGCCGCAGCAAACCGCACAGCGAGUGCAAGGGUCGUCGCAGCCAUCCUAUGCAUCCAAUCAUGCGCCCAACUCGACCAAUCGACCUAUCAUCCCACCCCAGCAAUCGAUGGUUCAGGCGCAGAAUCCUAUCAACGAGAUCAGUCAUGCCAAGCCAACACACUAUGCCAACGGUGCACCGCCAAACGGACGUCAGCGAGCAGGCGCAGGAAGGGGUCAGCAACCGGAUGGAGUCAGUCGCAGCAGUGCUGCACGAGAGAGCGCUACUACUAUCAAAGAGGCUCCCAAAGACAAGAUCAUCAUCUAUCGCCAGCAACUCAGGCAAGCCGUAUCGAUUCGAAGCGGCAUCCGCUGCGUUAACUCAGGCAGCAACAGAGAGGACCUCGCCGGUCGCUCUCACUUGUGUUCCCAUCGGAGUGCUCAACCACUCUGGCCGAUAACGAUGCUGCCCGAGAGCGCAAUGGCUCGAGGCCGUCGUCAUCAUCCUAGAGCAAGCUUCAACGCAUGCUCGCUUUCUUCAAUGCUUGGUGUGGAAGCCACCCUCAUCAUCUUGCAGUAA